AUGAAGUCCCCAAUCUAUCUUCUCACUGCUCUUCUUCCGCUCUCUAUAUCUCUCGUCAAUGCUGCUCCAUCUGCGGAGCCUGAAGACAUUGAGGACUCUGGUCUUGAAGAGCGGGAUACUUGCAGGGUCGAGCGCAGAUUCGACUACUUCAAGUAUCCGUGUCAGUCGAGUGAUAGAACUGGCAGCGCCAACAGAGGCGACGAGGUUAAUUUCGACUGCAAGUACAGAAACUGGUACAAGACUCGCAGGGGAUGGGUCAGAGAAGACGACAAGCCUCGUCGUUGCCGCGGACCUCGUCCCAACAGUUGCAACUAG